AUGAAGUUAAACUCAUUUAUUUAUUUGUUUACACAUGUAGAUCACAAUCAAGAAGUUGACCAUCUUGGUGUUGAUGAUUUUGUCACCACACUGUUUCCUAACGUCAGGUCUGAAACUGAUAAUUUUGAAUGGGAAUUAUCUAAAGAAAAUAUAAAACCAUUAAAAAGUGGUCGAUCUGUUGAAUUAUUAAAUAAAGUAUUAACAUCACAGCGAUCAAAUGAAUUUCAAUUGAGACGUCGUCUUUUAAGAGAGUAA